AGAAGUAGAAAUGGCAGAGAGAUCAACAAAGAUGUAAGAUGGAGAUCAAGUUAGAUUGUCCUGUAGUUUGAAGGUGAAAGAAAUUAAAAACAAUAGUGAUGCGGCGUCGUUUGCAAGGGGGUGCAGGGAUUUCAUCCUAGACUAGAGUCUAGGUAAAAAUUUGUACUGCCCAGAAGCUUAAAAGAACAUGACAUAAUUGUUUUUUUUUUUUUUUUUUGUGCUAAUGAGGGCAAGCCCAUUUAACAUGACAUAAUUGUACCUUGGGGUUAUAGUGUAGAAGUUUAGAAAUAUAAGGGCACAUUGUAGAAUUUUAAAAAGUUGAGGGUUAUCUUGUAGAAUUUCUCAAAAAAAAAAAAAAAAAUAAAAAAAAAAAAUUAAGAGAGUUUAAAAAAAAAUAAUAAAAAAAUAAAAAACAUGGGCAAGUAAUGAAGCAGAAGCACAGAACCAGCUUGACCUGGCACUGUAACACUGGCAGAGUGGCAGCUAACACCUUCAAGGCUAAGAUAAGAACCUUCGAACAUUGUCACGUUUCCCUUUUUCAUUUCAUUUCAUUUUACCUUUUUUAGGCAAAACUACAAGACUCUACAGCUUCACUUCUUCCUGAUUCUAUUCAUUUUCACAGCCAACCAAUCGACAGCCUGCCUCACACCUUCUACUAAGUCACAGUCACACCCCUCUCUUUCUCUCUCCUCCACCACAACCAUGUCAGUCUGCUGCUGCAGCGUCGAAUGCGUCGUAAUCAUUGGCUUUUCCAGAUGGCUAUGGAAGCGCUGCACAUACGUCGGCUCCAACGACAGCGCUACAUGGCCAUCUGCAACCCCUGAUGAAUUCGAGCCAGUUCCCCGCCUUUGCCGGGUCAUCCUCGCCGUUUACGAACCAGAUAUCCGUAACCCCCAAUUCGCCCCACCUGGUGGUUAUCGGCUCAACCCAGAUUGGCUUAUAAAGCGAGUGACGUAUGAACAAACAGAAGGCCGUGCUCCGCCUUACAUUAUCUAUGCUGACCACCAACACCGUGAGAUCGUGCUUGCUAUUCGUGGGUUAAAUCUAAUCAAAGAAUCGGAUUAUAAGCUACUACUUGAUAAUCGGCUUGGAAUGCAGAUGUUUGAUGGUGGGUAUGUUCAUCAUGGGUUGUUGAAAUCGGCGAUUUGGUUGCUCAAUAGAGAGUCAGAGACGCUGAAGAAACUGUGGGUGGAUAAUGGAAGGUGCUAUAAGAUGGUCUUUGUUGGGCAUUCUUUAGGGUCUGGUGUUGCUGCUUUGUUGGCUGUUGUUGUUGUGAAUCAUGGUCAUAAACUUGGGGGGAUUCCGCGGAAUCUUGUUACUUGCUAUUCGAUUGCUCCUGCGAGGUGUAUGUCGCUUAAUCUUGCUGUUAAGUAUGCUGAUGUUAUUCACUCUGUCAUACUUCAGGAUGACUUUCUACCCAGAACAGCCACUCCAUUAGAAGAUAUUUUCAAGUCAAUUUUCUGCUUGCCCUGUUUGAUGUUUUUGAUUUGCUUGAGGGACACCUUCAUCCCCGAGGAAAGGAAGCUUAGAGAUCCAAGAAGACUAUAUGCUCCUGGACGAAUGUACCACAUUGUAGAAAGGAAAUUUUGCAGAUGUGGAAGGUUUCCUCCAGAAGUCAGAACUGCUAUUCCUGUUGAUGGAAGAUUUGAGCAUAUUGUGCUGUCCUGUAAUGCUACAUCUGAUCAUGGGAUUGUUUGGAUCGAAAGAGAAGCAGAGAAAGCUUUACUAAGGAUGAAAGACAGCAGCACAGAGACAGUAACUAGUCCUCCAAGAGUGCAGAGAUUUGAGAGGUUGCAAACAAUUGAAAAAGAACACAAAGAUGCUUUGGAAAGAGCUGUAAGUCUCAAGGUGCCUCAUGCUGUUUCUUUAGAGAAGGAACUUGAGAAGCCGGCGUCCCUCGAGGAGGGAGCUGUACGUUCAUCGGAAGAUAAGCCAACAGAGGAGUCCUCAAGACCCCUUCCAAGAUCGAUUGGUGAGAGAGCUACUUGGGAUGAAUUAGUAUCGAAGCUCUUUAAAAAGUCAGAAGCUGGAGAAAUGAAUUUACACAGAAUUGAAGGUGCUUCACCAGGCUCCCAAAAUUCUUAACAUUUGGCCAAUACACUAUCAUAUAUUGUUUUUGCCAUGAGUUUGUAAAUUGUUUCAUGUACAUUGCAUAGCCUUGAAUGAUUGUAUAAUUGUUAUCGAGUGUAGACUAUAAGUGUAUAUUAAUAGUAAGUACACAACGAUUCUUGUGAAUGUUGUCUUCAUUCAAUUUUUGACGUGCGCAGCAUUUGAAUGUGAAUGUUUGUUAUCUUAUUUA